AUGACCACGCAAUUUGAUUUUCCACGCCUACCAAGCACUGUGCCCUAUCGUUCAUUUCGCAUCAAGGAUCCCACGUUCAUUCAGUUGCAGAGACGCCGAAGACAACAACAACAACAGCAGCAAAGUUUGAACUUCCUCUCUACCAGUCUGCUCUGCUCUCAAAUGACUCUUCAGCCUCCGGUCACUCACUUCCGAAUUCGAACUUACAGAUGUAGCAGUGUUUCUUCUUAUCAAGAACCGCAGAAGUACUCUAUCAGGCCUGUUGAAUCUGCGGCGAAUCAAGUCCCGACUACAAGCUUUGGACGAAAGGUUUCUUACGUGUCUCCCCUGCCCUCCCCUGUGGAAGAUACACGAGCGUUUGAAAGUGUAAAACGGGUUCUACCGACGCUAACAGGUCACGCUGCAUCUCCCUACUUUCCACCCUGCUUGAAUAGCGAAGCUGAGAAAUUGGAUGUUGAAACACCGUCCCCGCGCACGGAAGAUAGCUUCUCCUCCCCUACAUCGAGUUUCGGAUCAAGCGUGUCUACACCACCGCCAUCCCUAGUGGAAGAAGAAGGGGAAACACCAUGCAAAUCGAUAUUGCGGCGAGCAAACGAGGAGAUGAAGGAGCGGCUGAUGACCGCACCCGGUGGAGGAGGAAUUGGGCGAACAGGUACCACCUCUCCCGAUUGUAUCAGCCAAUUCCUGUCUGCGUUUUCUAAAAAAGGCGUGCGAUUCGAUGUUGAACGAAACUCUACCCACACUUAUGAGAAGGAUUGCUGUGACGGCGUUCUGAAAUUUGGUAAUCCUGUCCCCGCACUUUUCGAGCAAGGGAUGGUCAUCUUCAGCCACUCAUCUCCAUCCAACGGCAUGAAGUCGGAGGAAGGAGAGAUUAACGUCGGAACCCUUUGCGCAAUUUUGGUUCUGUGGGUCCAUUCCGCAGCGCAAAAUGGACUUGCUGGGCGUUACCGUUCUGCUAAGCCUCUUCCUCUACCAAGCAAAGGUUUUGGCUUUAGACCUGCUGUUGAGUUCGAUUUACCCAUGGGUUCAGGCAAUGUCUACGUGGGACAACUAAUGAAACAUGAAGCAUCCGUAAAGCUCUCCCCAAAACUAAGAGCUUUUGCAAAUCCAACUUCAAGCCGAUCGAAACAAAUAUGCGGAUUUCACUUGAUCGUAAAGGAUGAAUAUCAAUUUCCAUUUGAAGUGGAUUUAAAAAAUGCCACUUUGGGAACUGGAGAAAUACGAGUACGCAAUGACGUUCCUGUGGAUUUUACCCAGAACAAAAUGCACACUUUUCAGAUUGAAGCCUAUGAUUGCGACACACCGCCAAACUAUUCAGAAAGAGUUUUGGUGAAUGUGAACGUCCAUGCAGAUGAGGAGCUGCGUUUUACUGAGAGCGUCUACAACUUCUCAGCAGUGACCUAUAGCAGUGUGGGUGCCAUCUGCGGUAAGGUCACUGUGACGCAUGAGACCUUCACUCCGCCAAUCAGCCUUGCAGAUUAUCAAUGUGGCUACUCUCUUCUUGCCGGUGACAUGGUUCCCUUCACCGUGGACUCUCACGGUGUCAUCCGAUCUCGUGAAGUGCUCACUAAUGCCUCUCCGAGGAAUUUCCGCUUCCUCGUGCGGUACAAUGACUGCGGCGGUGCAGGAGUUGAAUCCGCCACGGCUGUCGUCAAUAUUAAGGUCAUCCAGAGCAAAUGCGAACCCCGAUGGAGUGGGCUGCCCACAUCACUGUACUACUCACUGGGUGAGCAGCAACCGAAGCGUCUGCUCUGGCCCCUCACCUACCACCUCGACAUGUGUGGGAUGACCUGCAAUGAGGCUGACUCACACAUCUUCACCCAAGUGAGCCUCCGUCACGGUCUACCCGGGGAAACUCUCAUCACGGCCUCACCCUCCUUCUGUCGUCAUGACCCUCGCAAUCUUCAUGAGCAGCGCCAACUCUGUGCAAUCGAUACGGCGACGCUGGUUGACCUCCUCCCAGACCCGCAGAAGGAUAUUUUGAUACAGCACAUUGCACCAGCAGUGGGCGCAUUGCCAGAGGUGGUGCCCCUCUCCCUAGGCCUUCUCUUCUCUGCCGUCGCACACUCCGGGUGGCGUCUAGACACCUCGCGACUCUUGGACGCUGCCUCCGCUGCCAGCAGUGGACAGGAGAAAGUGCUGCCAAGCACUCUUUUUGAACGUGACUUUACCCUCUCCUUCUGGCUCCAACGUGAGCCCAAGCAGGAUGACGAUCAUGAAACCAUUCUCUGCAGCCAAGAGGACACAGCUAUCGUCAACAGAGCCCUGUGGAUCAGCCUGAAGGGCUCUCGAGUCAUGGUGCAGAUGUCUGCAGGCAAUCCUCAGUCCAGCCAGCCGCUAAUGAACAAGAUAUUCCGCACCUACUUUUUCCCCCAACUGCCACUCAGACAACGUGAAGACACAGCAGACGGGCAAGCGGACCAGUUCUCCUGGCACCAUUACUCCAUCAGCGUCACCUUCGACCCUGAGACCGCUGAUAUUAGCGCCAGCACUCUCAUGAUGGAUGGGGAGUUAGUGGGCACUCUGGAGGCUUUUGGAGAGCCGAUUUAUGUUACUCGUCAGAUCAAGGAAUUUUUCCCGCAGUUCAUCACCGUGGGCACCUGUUAUGAUCCGAGCAUUCCAGCAGCGCAGCAGUCCCUCAAUGGAGCCCUUGCGGGAAUGACCCUCCUUCUUGGUCGCAACGAAGAUCAGAGUGUCUCUCGGUGUCUCGCGGAAUGUGGAGAAACUCUUCUCAUUCCAAGGGCUAGCAGGCUCAUCACAGACGAUGUGAACGUCCUUCUCAACAAUGACAACAUCGUGAUUGAGUCUGUGACCAUUGCGGAGGCAGCCGAGCUAAUAAGCAACAUCGCCUACGUGAAGCCGCGGUCCACUGACACUCAACUCACUUUUGGGCCGUCUGGAUCCAACACCCGUGCGAUUGAGCUGGCCACCGUGUUCAGAUGCGGCGAGCGUCAACUGGCAAACAUCAGCACUACCGUCAUUCCCCUCACACUGGAGGACUCCCCAGUGGACAGCCCGAUCUAUGAGGCGGCGGUUCCUGGGCCUCUGGACUCCGCUUGGUUGCCCAAAAGUGAGAUGAUUGUACCACCACCCGUACCUGUAUCCUCUAAACGGCAAUCGUCCUCUGCUCUGGUGCUCGCCGUCCUUGGACAAGAGGUCGUCCGUGCAGACAUCCCCGUACUGGAGCCCGGAAUCGUCAUGUUCCCUGGAUUGGAAUUCACCUUCACCAAUGUGCCGUCUCAAAUGAAAAGUGUGGUGCGCUCUGCCUCCAUGUUCAUUCUCGACCAGUGUCUCGUUCUCCCUGUCAAUGGUAGUGGUCUCAACUUCAACGACGGUGAGCGUAUCGUAUGGCCGGCAGGUCGGGCCUUCGAGAUCGGCGUCUCCGUGGAACCCACGCAAAUGGGCGUCCUGAUGAAGGGUCAUCAGACGGCCAGUCAGUACGCCAGCUUGCUCCACGGCUUCCGCUACUGGCCACCUAUCGAGAUAGAAAAACGGGCUGAUGACAAAACUCUCGCUGCUGGUCUGCUGUUGGAGAGAAAAUUCCAACUUAUCUGCUCCUACAAUGAUGCUGGACUCAACACGGAUCCCUUCACUGUUCAGAUCCUUUUGAGCUCUCCGAUAAUCGCACAGGAGGUCCAAGCAGGCAGCAAUGUGAUCUACUCGGACAACUCUCGCAAUAAUCUGGAUGAAUCAGGGCCUGCAGAGGAGGAAUACAUUGAUGAAGACGACGAUGAUGAGGAAGAUAACUACGAUGAUGACUACGACAUGUCUGCCGAUUAUCCCGCCGGGGCUGGGGCUGCCCAGUGGCCUUCUGUUGCUCGCACCUACAAAAGACUGGACCCAUCGCCCCAAUACCGAUCUUCCAUGGGCGGCGCUCAAUUUGCACACUCCAACAAGGAGGUCCGACCAGGUGAUUCCCUCUCCCUGCAUCAAAGGGGCACUUCCCAGAAGACUAAGAACCCUGGCGUGAAUAACGUGGGACUGGCGGUCGGCUUGGGUGUUGGCUGCCUUGCAAUCAUUGCCAUUGUGGUCGCCUUCUUCGUCUCCAAGUCCAACAGUUUCCGUCGCGGUCAGCUGAGCUCCUUCCGACGCGGGGAGCGCAAAUCUGUUGGACAUUCCCAGUUCCGCCCUGAGACGCGACUCAAUAUCAUUGAGAACCCUAUUGAAAAACUAGAGGGUGGAAGAUUAAGCUGGCAGCCACCGGUAGCGACACCUGCGCCUGUUCUCUCAGAAGAACUUCCAGGCGUACAUGCGGUCUAUGGAGCUCGGGAUGAGCAAUUUGAUGCCGAGACACGAUCCUUUAAUGGCCUCUUCGAGGAGGAUGAGGACGAUGCCGGUGCCACUGAAGAGGAAGCUGCAGCGGCUGCCCUCGAAGAAGUUGACGAUUUCGACGAAAGUGAAGCCGUGAUGUCACAGCACUUGGACAGGGCUCCUGGUGAUGUGCGAGAGGUGGAAGGCGAGGAGGAGGGUUUGAGUGACCCCGAUGAUGAUGAAGACACCUCCUUCAGCGUGGGUCCCAAUCAUCUGAACUUUGUCACACUACCUGGACCUCGUCGAGGCUUCAAUGCCGAUGUCUAA